AUUAUUAAUAAAAAUAACAUUAGCAAAUUAAUGAUGAUGGCUAGUUGAACACACGGAUCUAAUACUCAAAACUCAAAUCCGCCAUUGCAUUUCAGUGAAUUCAAUCCUUGCUUCGCCCAAUUGCCUAACCUCCAUCACCACAUCACCGCCAAGGGCUACGAUCCGCCUCCUUAGUGCCCAAACCUCCACUGCCACAUCACCAUCAACCACCAGUAGUGCGUUGUCACUACCACGAGCACCAUCACAGAUACUUCAAGUAAAGAAGGGUUUUGAUUGUCGUUAAUGCUCAAAUUGAAAGUGAAGAGAGCAGCAUAUCUAUUUGGACAAUCAGUAAUCAACAAAAUUUGACUUAAGAUUUCUCUUGCGUGUUUUUAAAUCAAAAAUCAGUUUUCAACGAAAAUGGGGGACUUGGCUGCUGAGAAGCAUGUGCGAUAUAUUAUAUCAGUUGAAAAGAAGAAGGAUGCAUUUGAGUCGGUGGUCAUGGAGCACCUUAGAAUGAAUGGUGCUUACUGGGGGCUGACAACACUGGAUCUUCUCGGAAAGCUUCAAGUUGUGGAUCAAGAUGAAGUUAUUCCAUGGGUUAUGCAGUGUCAACAUGAAUCUGGUGGAUUUGGUGGUAAUACAGGGCAUGAUCCACAUAUACUUUAUACUCUCAGUGCUGUCCAAAUUUUAGCUCUAUUUGAUAAGCUACAUAUUCUUGAUGUGGCUAAGGUGACAAACUAUAUUGUGGGGCUGCAAAAUGAGGAUGGGUCUUUUUCGGGAGACAUGUGGGGAGAAGUUGAUACAAGGUUUUCAUAUAUUGCAAUAUGUUGUCUGUCACUGUUACAUCAAUUGGACAAAAUUAAUGUGGAGAAGGCUGUGGAGUACAUUGUAAGAUGUAAAAACCUUGACGGUGGAUUUGGAUGCACACCUGGUGGAGAAUCACACGCUGGACAAAUAUUUUGCUGUGUUGGGGCUCUUGCUAUAACGGGUUGUCUGCAUCAUGUUGACAAGGACCUUCUUGGUUGGUGGUUGUGUGAGCGCCAAGUGAAAUCAGGAGGUCUAAAUGGUCGACCAGAGAAGCUUCCAGAUGUCUGCUACUCUUGGUGGGUGCUUUCUAGCUUGAUAAUGAUUGACAGAGUGCACUGGAUUGACAAAGAAAAGCUCGUUAAUUUCAUCUUAAACUGCCAGGACUUGGAGAAAGGAGGAAUCUCGGAUAGGCCGGAUGAUGCUGUUGAUGUUUUCCACACAUACUUUGGAGUAGCAGGUUUGUCACUGCUUGAAUAUCCAGGAGUGAAAGCUGUGGAUCCUGCUUAUGCAUUGCCAGUUGAUGUGGUAAACAGGAUUCUAAUUGGCUCGUAAAGUUCCUCUUUGCAUUGUAUACGUUUCUUGGGUAAUCAUAGUCAUGUCCAACUCGUGCUUAUGUUUGAGUGAAUGCGUAGAUCCUGCGAAUGCAUUGCUAAUUGGUGUGGUGAUCAGCACUGUAGUUGGCUUAAGACAAAAACUCUUUGUAUUGAAUGUUGCUGAGGUACAUCUCAAGCACAAAUAUUUGUUUAUCAGAUUCAUCAGUUAUAUGAAAAGUUAAAUGAUUUUGUGAGGAUUC